AUGCCCGGACUCUCGCACGUCCCAAGUUUUAACAAGAUCAGCAUCACCGAGCUGCAUCCCACAUUCGGAGCAGAGAUCAGUGGCGUGGAAUUCUCACGGCCGGUCGAGGACGAUGUGUUCCAGGAGAUACUGGCUGCAAUCAGCAAGUACGGGGUAUGCGUGUUCCGCAACACGGGCCUCGACGACGCCCAUCAUGUCGCUUUCGCCGCACGAUUUGGCGAGCUGGACGACGUGACCCCCUACCUGGCGGGUGGCCGGCCGCACCGACUGUCAGACGUGCGCCUGUUCGACGUCGGCAAUAUCGAACUCGACGGCAAGGUAUUUGAGCUGGAUAACGUACGACGGGAGUGGAACAAGGUGUGUGAUCCUUCCGGACGUUCGUACCUCGCGAGACUCAUCGAUAUAGGGCAAUGGGCUCUUCCACGUGGACUCGAGCUUCAACCCACGACGGGCAGGAUAUUCGCUGCUACGCGCAGCCGAGCUUCCCCCGCGGGUAUGGGCGGCGACACCGAGUUCGCCGACCUGCGGACCGCCUUCGACCGGCUCCCUCGAACGAUACAGAUGGAUCUGCAGGAGCAGGACUAUAUCGCCGCGCACUCGCUGUGGCAUUCUCGCAAGGUUGCAUCGCCGGCGACCUUUGCAGACGUGGAUCCAGAGGCGUACCCAAUGGGUCGACACCGAUUGUUUCAGAAACACGAAGCCUCCGGUCGGGAUACACUUUAUCUCGCAGCGCAUAUCCACCACGUUGAAGGACUGGACGCGGAUGCAUCUUCCACGCUGUUCAAUCGGCUAUUCAUGCAUGCGACGCAGCCACGGUUUGUGCUUCGCGUGGGGUGGGAACACGCCGGAGACUUGGUUCUAUGGGACAAUACGUGCGUGAUGCAUCGAGCGGUGGGAGGCAGCUUCGAGGGUAAACAUCGGCGCGAUAUGCGGCGGGCGACGGUUCAUGACGGCAGCGGCGGUGCGUGGGGCCUCAACGAGCGGAGCGAGAUCCGACAGGGUUUACCGUAA